CCUUCAGACGACUCCUCUCUUUAUGCACUAGGAUCAGUGAGUCAGAAUAGAGGUAGGGACACUCCUUUAAAACUGUAGCUGGAAAUCAGCAAGAAGAGGAGGCUACCGCGCUAUGGAGGUUGCCAAGAACAGCAAAAUACGAUUUGCUUAGAUAGGGGAUAGUGGAGAUUCCCAUGCUUAAAGGUUGAAGGGACUGCAUCUUUGGAACAUUUAAGUUUUUCUCAAAUUCGUAGCACGUACUGAAGGAAAUGGCUAUUUCUUGGAUUUACAAAGUUUGGAUCCUACUCUUACCCAUUGUUGACAGAGCUCUGUCCAGUUAUUCCGAAGACCAAUGCAGCUGGAGGGGGAGUGGUCUGUCCCAGCAGCAAGGCAGUGUGGAGCAGAUCUCCCUCCACUGUUCUGAGGGUGCUCUGGACUGGCUCUAUCCUAAGGGGGCGCUCCGCCUCACCCUGUCCCCCAGGUUGCCCUCUGCGGCAGUGGGGCCCGGGGGAAGCAGCUCGGGCCUGAUCACGGCCUGCGUCAAGCCCUCCGAGCACUUCCACGGGGCCCAGCUCUACUUGGAGAGAGACGGGGUCCUGGAGCUCCUGGUAGGGGACCGUCUGGAGGAGUCUCCCCCAACCCGGGUGCGCUGCUUCAGCCGCCUGCCCGGCGAGAAGGUGGCCCUCUUCCUCCAGGCCACUCCCCACCAGGACAUCAGCCGUCGCAUUGCAUCUUUCCGCUACGAGCUGCGAGGGGAUUGGACUGCGCGCCUGUCACUCGACUCAAACCCCGUCAGCAGUAAUGAAGGUGCCUGCAGACCCUGUAACAACACAGAGCUCCUUAUGGCUGUCUGCACCAGUGACUUUGUGGUGCGUGGUAACAUCAAGGCAGUGUAUGAGGACAGUGAGCUACGGGCGGCGGUAAUAAAGGUCAGCACCACCCGAGUAUUUCGCCAGAAAUAUGCCCUGUUUACCGGGACAGGCCACCUGACCCUCUCAGGCGAGAUCAGGACCCUGCUGCAGUGUGGCGUCCGGCCCGGGGCAGGAAGCUUCCUCUUCACCGGCCGCAUACACUUCGGCGAGGCGUGGCUGGGCUGCGCGCCCCGCUACAAGGACUUCCUCCAGGCCUACACUCAGGCCAAGUUGGUCCAGCAGCUACCCUGUGAACUGGCUGUGGACUGAGCAGACCACCCCAAAUCUUGGCUGACUACUUCCCUGUAAUAGGGCUUGCCUCACAAUACAGCCUUAACUCGAUCAGCCUGUCCUCUGGUUUGCCAAACCUCAGAGUGAAAGGCGAGGAAGAUGGAAGCUCACCUGAUGGUGAAGCUUCUUAGUCUUCCCCAAAGGACUGAGGAGUUGGGCAUGGACAUUCUCAGCAACAUUCCCAGUGCAAUAUGCAGUCCUGUGGAGAUAUGAAGGACACCGUGUGGACUAGAUGAGAUUAAAUCAUUUGGCACGGGACAAAUUUUCCAGAUGCCAAUAUGCUUAUUCGGAAUUCUCAGAAGAGCUUUCCGUAACAACAAGCAACAAUUUGUCAGGCAUGGAUUCAGAGCUAUUGAGUGUGACUUUGUCUUUUAAACUCAGGAAUAUAUGUGAAAAAUUCUGUGGUGAAGUUAGUCUGUUUUAGAAGUUACACAAUUGCUAUUCCAGUAAUUGACCACAAGGCUGUGGUGUUUUUCUAUGGUGGUCUUCAAAAUGGCCACUCAUUUUAUUCAAUGUUUUUUGUUUGGGAAAUCUACCAUUUUGUGUGCAAGAUGUUCGCACAAAUGUGUAGUUGAAACAAACAAUGGUGGACUAUUGUUAGUGUUACGAUUCUUUAUUGGAGAUUAGGGAGGGGCUUUCUCUUUUUCAAAUGUUUUUUUUUUUAUCGUAAUUUGCACUGAUAAGGGAAUCAUCUGGAAAGUCUGAUGCUGCAAGCACUGAAAACCAAAAUGAAAAGCUGAUUGAUGUAGCAUAGAAGAGGUGUGAUCAAACUUAAUAUAUGUACAGAUAUUGCUAGCGCAUCUUAAUGCUAGGCUAGGGCUGGCACAUGUUAGCGCUAGUGUAGAAGGUUCAAAGCUCGCUUCGCUCUAGUGCUGAAAGCACUUUCACGACAUUAGUCAACUCAGAGAAAAAUAAUCUCAAAGUACACACAGGGCAAUUCUGCCUUUUAGAACCCUGCAUAAAUAUUUAAUGAAGAGCUUUUAUGAUACUGUUCACUUCCAAGAUUUCAUUGUGUUAUCUCAGUUUGGUUGAAAACUUUUAAAGUUUUAUAUGCUGAUUUAUUUUAAUUUGAAACCGUUUUUCCAGUUGAAAAUAAUUAUUUUGCAGUAGUGUUUCCGAUUGCAGCCAUUUUGUAGUUAUUCAUACCCAUUUUCCACAUCAAAAAAUUGCCAACUGUAAGCCUAAGAAAGAAAGCUGUCUGCAAAAUUCUAAGAAAACGGAUGUCUUGAUAUUGAGAUGCUAUAUGCCUACUGGCCCAGAUUUAUGUCAUUGUUACUGUAUUAAUGGGAGUUUGUGAGGACAUUUUUUAUGUUUGUGGGACUACGACUGUUGACAACUGCAAUAUUCCCCUCAGUAAAAGUCCAAUGGGAUAUGUCUCAAAGCUGGCAGAAAGAGUUGCAGUAGCAAUCUAAUUUUCACAAGCAUGCGUCCGAAAUGUUGAUCACCAUGUUGAGCCGUGAAAACCUCAAGCAAUUUAGUCCAAAUAUCAAUACUGAAUUCUUCAAGCAAUAUUCAUUGUAUUUGCGUAAUAGUCUUUACAUCAGCUUUGGGGUUAGCAGUAAGUAUGUCUGGGAUCAUUUACGAGGGGGACAAAACAUGUCUGUAUGUCAAUUCUGGUCAGUCAAAAGACGUCACGUCUUAUGUGCACUAAUCGAUGAAGGGAGCGGUUAAUAUCAAAUUAACGUGAUGUGUCAUGUAAAAAAGAAAUACACAAUACUGCCAUGUUCGCUGAUAGUG